CUCAAGUCUCUAAGCCAACACAACAAUCGCUCCAAAGACGAGAACGAAGGAAAGAAGGCUCUAGAGAAAAGAAACCCAAUAUGGCCUGCCUCAUGAUUUUGCUUCCUUUCUGAAGAAAUUCACCGGAGAUUGGCCAUGGAUUCUCUUGGGACCCCAGAUCCCUGGACGCCGCCGCCGGACUGUUCGCAGCCAAUUUGCACCGCCUAUUGCCCCCAGUGGUGCUACAUCAUCUUCCCUCCCCCGCCGCCUUUCGACUACGAUGACCAUGCCCGCACCAAUCUCUCCCCUCUCAUCAUCGUCGUCAUCGCCAUCUUGGCCGCCGCUUUCCUCGUGAUCGCCUACUACACCGUCAUCUCCAAGUAUUGCCGGAGACGAGGCGCCCUAAACGCUAGUCCGGAACUCGAAUCCAGCCUCAACGAACUCCACCAUGGCAGCCGCUGGGAACCUGGUUCGGGCCACGCCGGCUUGGACGAGGCGAUGAUCAACUCCAUCGCGGUCUGCAAGUACGCCAAGGGAGACGGCCUGGUCGAAGGCACGGAGUGCGCCGUUUGCCUCGCGGAGUUUCGCGACGGCGAGAGCCUCCGGCUGCUGCCGAAAUGCGGCCACGCUUUCCACCUCCCCUGCAUCGACACUUGGCUCAAAUCCCAAUCCAACUGCCCGCUUUGUCGCGCCGCCGUGGUGGCCGCCCCACCGCCGAGCUCUCAGAAUUCUAAUUCCACUCUCAACAUUUCAGCUCUCGAAAUCCGCCACCGGAACGAUCUGGUCCUCGUGGUUGAUGAUCGGGAAAGAGUUCGCCGGGAAGAGGUGGUUCUCGGCGUCGCUAGCGAUCCGCCAUUGAGAAGAUCGGUUUCAAUGGUUUCCGUCGCUGAUAUAUUACAGGUGGAGGAACACUAUGAAGAUCUAGAAAUGGAGAUCCAGCGAUCGCCGACGGGGAUCGGAUCGUCCCAGGAAAACGGCCGGGAAAUCAAAUGGAAAUGGAGGGUUUGAUUUGCUUCGAAGAUCAAUCUCCACAGGGAGGCUCUUGAUCACAUGGCCCGAAAAAGGAAAGAGUCCCAUCGUUCCCAACUGAUUCAUAUCCUCACUUUUCUGUUCUUUUCUUUUUCUAUUUUCCAUCUUUUCCUAUAGAUUCAAGGCAAAACAGGAACAUAGUCUAUACUAAGUCUGAAUUCUGAUCCAUAAGAGUUACUAAAACAGAGUUAAUGAAUCAAUAUGAUAGCUCAUGUAAGUUGAUUAAAUUUUGUGGGAGGGUUAAUCACAGAAGUGAUCUAUCUUCACAAUCACCACUUCCAAUAGCUACUUUUGUUGGGUACAGAAUGAGAGAAAUUUUAUUAGUAUGGUUAUAGCUAAGUAUAUGAUCAGUUGCUUAUGCAUAUGUAUAUGUCUGUAUAUAUGUUUACAAGAAAAUUCAAUUUCAGUAGUGAAGUGUUCAUUGCUCCUGAGUAAUCCCCCUGCCUGCCAUUGGGUGUCAAUGUCAUUGGCAACAUCAUAGCUUGCAUGAGAUAGUGAGUGGGGCACUUCCAAUAUUGUGGCAGUGGACUUUGAGAAGUCACUAUGCCUCCAUCAAGUACUUGGACUACCACC